AUGCUAUGCCGAAAUUUAACUAAGCGGGAACUAUUAGAGCCAAUUUUUUCAUCGAUCCUAACACUUAAAAAAAACAGACGGUGAUUUUUCCUUUUCAAUUGGAUAGAGAGAGAGAAAAAAAAAACAAAACUUUGAACAAAAAAAAAAGCUCUCUCACUCUCACCAUCUUCGAUCCUCUUCUCCUCCAAUCUUCUUCUCCAUUAUGUUCUUUCAUUCGAUCUCCCUUGCCUCUCUCUCUCUCUCUCUCUGCAACUUUUCUCAUCUCUUUAGAUUUCUCCGACAUAUCAUCCCUCUCUCUGCAAAGACGACGACCACUGCCUCAUCCUUCGCCGGCGAUAAUCUCGAUCUCCGACGGCCUCUACCUUUCCGCCGAUAGUUUUAAGCUUCGCAGCUGAAUUUUUAUCUAUGUCGUUCAAAUUAGGGUUCAAUCUUCAGCUUAAGGUACGAAAUCACCAAUAUAUACCUUGAUUAGGUUUUCCUUUACCGUUAGUUGUCCUUAUUUGGUCUUAUCGAAAUUGAAACUGGUUUCAAAAGGGAUAACGAUAAUUUUGAUAUUUGACGGAUUCAAAUUAGGGUUCACUUUUCAACAAAACAAAAUUUCAUAUACAAAUUAGUGUUGUGCUUUGUGUUUUUUGUUUCUCAGAUCUUCCAAAGAUAAAACUCAGGUGUUGGUGCUAAAUUCAGGAGCUUGAAGAAGAAGUUAAGCUUCUCAAAAAUCUCUCCCAUCCAAAUAUAGUUGUGUUCGACGAAUUGCCUCAUUAUUGGUUUGCUUGUUUCUUGACAUUGUUUGGCGUUAUGUGCAGCUUAUUACAUUUAGUUCAUUAUUGAACUUAGUUAUGGAUCAUUAUUGAAUCUGGUGUGACUAAUUUGAUUGUUGUUUUCUUUCGUGUGUUUUAUAUUGUGAAGUUACGAAUGUAAAAUCUGUCUAAAGGUGCAUAACAACGAAAGAGACUACUUGUCGCAUCUUCACGGUAAGAGGCAUCACACCAAUUUGUAUGAUAUAGUCAACUUAGCAUAUCAAUUGAAUAUUAUGGAUAUUUGCUUUUUUCAUAUUCAGCUCAUUUUCAAGAGAAAAAGUUCAGAGAUGAAAUGAAAACAGAGGUAAGCAAAUGUUUUAUUACUUGGUGUCCUUAUGUAGCUUUUAAAUUUGGGUACUUUUGUGCAGAACACUUCAGAUAAUGAUCUUUAUGAUUCAGAAUUUUCUGAACCUCCUCGAUCAUUUAAGUAAAUGGUUUCCGGACUAUGUCUAUGAAUCACCGAUGUUGGAUACAUGUUAUGGUUUUGAAUUCUCUGACCUUAAAGAAAGUGAAAGUAUAAAGGAUUUGGAAAUUAAGAAAGAGACACCAACAAAAAUCGAUGACUUAGUCUCUUCUAAGAUUGAUGAUAUGACUGACUCGCAAGCUGCAUAUUCAGAGUUGGUAGUUGAGGAUAGUGACAGAGACGAUGCCGUAAUAGACAAAAACCGUAGAAGUCUUUUUCGAAGAGUGGCUAAGCGAAAACCUACAAUACCAACCGUUGAAGAAGAGUUAACUUACUUGAAGAACCGAGUCAGUGAUCUAGAAGACAAAGUAAGCUAUUUGUAUGAUGUUAUUAGUCGUCUUAUUAUCUCCAAUGGCAACAAUGGUAAUUAGACGUAAGGAUAUUAGUUUAGGUAUUGGAUUCAUAUUUGAUUUAUGUAUGAAUUGGUGUUUGGUUCAAAAAUGAUGUUUGGUUUAUGA